GAAAACUACUCGUGCUAAGGUUUGAAUUGUGUUAUGCGUUUUUUUGCAUUGAUCUAUGUAGAUCGUGUACAGGAUAAGCGUAUUAUAGAACAACUUAUAAGCCAUUUCUAGGAAUUGAUUUUGUGUAAAAGAACUAGUAACACUGUAUAGAAAUAAGUCGUGCAUCAUUUAUAAGUGAGUCUUAAGGUAUUCUGGGAAUUAUUAUAUAAAUCAGAAUUGGUUCUGACUAAAGGAAUUCAUUGGCUCAAUGGAUCUACACACUGUAGGCGAAUGCGUCAUUAUUUGGCAACACAGAGCAAUUUCUCAAAUGCUGUAGAGUGUAAGCUAUAUGCAUAAAAAACUCGGCAUUGGGUGUGGGAAAGGUCCCCCCGUGUUAUAAAGGCUGUCAUUGCUUCUCCACGCGGGUUACAGAAGUUACAUUCAAUCAAAUAAACAUUAAGGUUUGAAUUUUACUUUCUUUUCAGAGUUGGGAAUCUAACUAAAAUAUGCAUGGUACAAAAUGUGGCAGACCUAAGUUGUUUAUGCUGUUCGCUGCUUUAUCUCUAAUAGGUUUGUUAUGCACUCUAUUUAUGGCACAAGAGGAAAUCAGGACAAUUGUACAUUACCUAGCUCCUUUAGAAAAUACAAAAGCAUACGUUCAGAAGUACAAAGCACGUCAACACUUCACUGAAUCAAACCGUUCCUAUAUAUUAAUGUGGAGGCCCCCUUGGGGUAUUGCUGACCAAGCAGUUCCUGAAGGUACAAGGAUAGGUAACUGCACUCUUACUUUUGAUAGAAGCAUGUUGCCCAGAGCUGGUGCAGUUAUAUUCCAUUACACAGAUAACAGUAUACCAAUACCAUGGCGAUUGCACAGAGAUAUAGGUCAGUACUUCGUUUUCUACUCGAUUGAAAGUCCGUCGUUCAUGUUGAAUGUUGAAAGAAAAACAUUCCAAAAUUUGGACAAUUUCUUCAAUUUGACAAUGACUUACAAAGAGGGUUCCGAGAAAUAUUCGGACGUGGGAAGGAAUUCGUCGACACGAUAA